GGAGGGCCGGCAGUCGGCGCGGGAGCGGCAAGUGCGCGAGUGUGUUCGUGCGGCUCGAACGCGAGCUGGGAGGCGCGGGGGGCUGGGGUUGUGAGGGUUCUAGGGCGGCGGCCCCAGAGCAGCGGUGACCGGACCCGAGCGGAGAGGGCCAAGGCGGCCGGACCAGCUGGGGAUGGGGCGGCCUGGACCGUGCCCUUCCCCUGGGCGCGCUUGCGGCUCUGGGGGCGCCCAGUGACGGUGGUAGCGCCUCUAGCCCGGCAGCUGCGAGGCCGCUUCGCUAGAGACCCCGCGGCCGGCGGCAGGCCGGGCCAUGAGGAGCGGCCGGGGCCGGGCUAGGCCACGGUGACCCCGGCUCCUCACGUCAGCCUCCUUCGUUUCCGCUCCGGCUUGUCGGCAUGAGCGUCCGCCCGGGUCCGGGGCCGCGUCUGCCCCCUUCCCGCCGCCCGCGGGCGCGCUCAGGGCCCGCGGGCCCGCGGUGCUGAUCCCGUUGCGGCGCGCUGCUCUGAGCUGCCUGCCCGCCCGCUGUAUGCCUCCGGGGCGCGGCCAUGGAGGUGGUGGGCGACUUCGAGUACAGCAAGAGGGACCUCGUGGGACACGGGGCCUUCGCCGUGGUCUUUCGGGGGCGGCACCGUCAGAAAACUGAUUGGGAGGUAGCUAUUAAAAGCAUUAAUAAAAAGAACUUGUCAAAAUCACAAAUACUGCUUGGAAAGGAAAUUAAAAUCUUAAAGGAACUUCAACAUGAAAAUAUUGUAGCACUCUAUGAUGUUCAGGAAUUACCCAACUCUGUCUUUCUGGUGAUGGAGUAUUGCAAUGGUGGAGACCUGGCAGAUUAUUUGCAAGCUAAAGGAACUCUCAGCGAAGAUACUAUCAGAGUGUUUCUGCAUCAAAUUGCAGCUGCCAUGCGAAUCCUUCACAGCAAAGGAAUAAUCCACAGGGAUCUCAAACCACAGAACAUUUUGUUGUCUUACGCCAAUCGCAGAAAGUCAAGUGUCAGUGGUAUUCGCAUCAAAAUAGCGGAUUUUGGCUUUGCUCGUUACUUACAUAGUAACAUGAUGGCUGCAACACUGUGUGGAUCCCCGAUGUACAUGGCACCUGAGGUUAUUAUGUCUCAACAUUAUGAUGCUAAGGCAGACUUGUGGAGCAUAGGAACAGUGAUAUAUCAAUGCCUAGUUGGAAAACCACCUUUUCAGGCUAAUAGUCCUCAAGACUUAAGGAUGUUUUAUGAAAAAAACAGGAGCUUAAUCCCUAGUAUUCCCAGAGAAACCUCACCUUAUUUGGCUAAUCUCCUGUUGGGGUUGCUUCAGAGGAACCAAAAAGAUAGAAUGGACUUUGAAUCAUUUUUUAGCCAUCCUUUUCUUGAGCAAGUUCCACUAAAGAAAUCUUGCCCAGUCCCAGUGCCCACGUAUGCUGGCUCGCUUCCUGGAAGCUCCUCUGGCAGCUCUCCACCUUGUCGUUUCGCCUCUCCACCAUCCCUUUCAGAUAUGCAGCAUAUUCAGGAAGAAAACUUAUCCUCCCCACCAUUGGGUCCUCCCAACUAUCUGCAAGUGUCCAAAGAUUCUGCCAGUACUAGUAGCAAGAACUCUUCUUGUGACACGGAUGACUUUGUUUUGGUUCCACACAACAUCUCGUCAGACCACUCAUAUGAUAUACCAGUGGCAACUACAGGAAGACAUGUUUCAAAUGAGUUCUUAGUGUGUGGAGGGCAAUGUCAACCUACUGUGUCACCUCACAGUGAAACAGCCCCAAUUCCAGUUCCUACUCAAAUAAGGAAUUACCAGCGCAUUGAGCAGAAUCUGACGUCUGGCUCUGGUACAAAUCCGCAUGGUUCUCCAAGAUCUGCAGUGGUACGAAGGUCUAACACCAGCCCCCUGGGCUUCCUUAGGCUGGGAUCCUGCUCCCCGGCACCAGCAGACACAGUACAGACAGUUGGACGAAGACUCUCUACUGGGUCUUCCAGGCCUUAUUCACCUUCUCCUUUGGUUGGUACCAUUCCUGAGCAAUUCAGUCAGUGCUGCUGUGGGCAUCCUCAGGGCCAUGAAUCCAGGAGUAGAAACUCGUCAGGUUCUCCAGUGCCACAGGCUCAGUCACCACAGUCUCUCUUAUUGGGUGCUAGGCUGCAAAGUGCGCCCACUCUCACUGACAUCUAUCAAAACAAACAGAAGCUCAGAAAACAGCACUCUGAUCCCGUGUGCCCAUCUCAUGCUGGGGCUGGGUACAACUACUCACCUCAGCCCAGUCGGCCUGGCAGCCUUGGAACCUCUCCCACCAAGCACACAGGAUCCUCUCCACGGAGUUCGGAUUGGUUCUUUAAAACUCCUUUACCAACAAUCAUUGGCUCUCCUACUAAGACCACGGCUCCUUUCAAAAUCCCUAAAACACAAGCGUCUUCCAACCUAUUAGCCUUGGUUACACGUCAUGGACCUGCUGAAGGUCAAUCCAAAGAUGGGAAUGACCCUCGGGAAUGUUCCCAUUGUUUCUUAGUACAAGAAAGUGAGAGGCAUCGAUCUGAGCAGCAGAACAAGGCAUUGUUUGGCAGAUCUGUCAGUACUGGAAAAUUAUCAGAUCAACAAAUAAAGACACCUUUAGGUGGAUACCAGGGCAGCACAGAUAGUUUAAAUACAGAACGACCAAUGGAUAUAGCUCCAGCAGGAGCCUGUGGCCUCGUGGUAGCACCGUCAGCAGGAACAGCCACAAGUUCCAGGGCUGUCCUCUUCACUGUGGGGUCUCCUCCGCACAGUGCUACAGCCCCUACUUGUACCCAUAUGGUCCUUCGAACAAGAACCACCUCAGUGGGAUCCAGCAGCUCGGGAGGCUCCUUGUGCUCUGCCACUGGCCGUGUGUAUGUGGGUUCCCCACCUGGGUCAGGCUUGGGCUCUUCACCACCUGCAGCAGAGGCAGCUCCCAGCCUGAGAUACGUGCCUUAUGGUGCUUCGCCCCCCAGCCUAGAGGGGCUCAUCACCUUUGAAGCCCCUGAACUGCCAGAGGAGACACUGAUGGAGAGGGAACACACAGACACCUUACGCUAUCUGAACAUGAUGCUGAUGUUCACUGAGUGUGUGCUGGACCUCACAGCCAUGCGAGGAGGAAAUCCUGAGCUGUGCACAUCUGCCGUAUCCUUGUACCAGAUUCAAGAGAGUGUGGUUGUGGACCAGAUCAGCCAGCUGAGCAAAGACUGGGGGAGAGUGGAGCAGCUGGUGUUAUAUAUGAAAGCAGCACAGCUGCUUGCAGCUUCCCUGCAUCUUGCCAAAGCCCAAAUCAAAUCUGGAAAGCUGAGCCCAUCGACGGCUGUGAAACAAGUUGUGAAAAAUCUGAAUGAGCGAUAUAAAUUUUGCAUCACCAUGUGCAAGAAACUUACAGAAAAGCUGAAUCGCUUCUUCUCGGACAAACAGAGAUUUAUUGAUGAAAUUAACAGUGUAACUGCAGAGAAACUCAUCUAUAAUUGUGCAGUGGAAAUGGUUCAGUCUGCUGCCCUGGAUGAGAUGUUUCAACAAACAGAAGAUAUUGUUUAUCGCUACCACAAAGCAGCACUUCUUUUAGAAGGCUUGACUAAAAUUCUGCAGGACCCUGCAGAUAUUGAAAAUGUACAUAAAUAUAAAUCUAGUAUUGAAAGAAGAUUGUCAGCACUCUGCUGUAGCACUGGAACUGUGUGAGCAGCUGGCUUGCCUGUGACCAGCAUGGGAGCAUGAGGUGAUACGUUUGGGAUUACCACUCAUCCUGUCAACCAUUCCCAGGAAACUGUAGUUUCUUAACUGGUGACUACCAAAGAAUAAGCAGCAAUUUUGAAAAGGAAAGUAAUUUAACAACUACAUGAUAGAAAACCUGCCUUAUUGGAGAAGUCACUCCCCUUUCCCUUUUUUCUUUUUAGAAGCAGAAGUAAAAGUAUUCCACUGGGCUUCAGAUUUGUAUGUGGUAAAUAAAUGUGCUGUAAGAACUAGAAUUAUCAAUACCGUUUUUCUUAUGGAUAAGUAAACAAGUCAGUGGCAUUCUGCCAAGUUCACGGAGCAUUGUGUAAAAUUUCAUGUUUGCUGAGGUGUAUACAAGCAAAGAAUUUACAUCUCACCAGCAGUUUGAUAUUUGGCAUGUGUUUGUCUGCAUCUGAGCAUGUAUCUUCAAACAGCUCAGGAAGAAAUAGUUUAAGAAGAUGCAAAAGAUGGCUGUUGGAGGAAAUUUUGAAAUCUUUCAUUUGAUCUAAUGUGGACACAUUAAUCUUAAAAAUCUUUCAUAUUGCACUAAUUUAUUAAAACAAUUGUGUAUUGAAUUUUAGAAUUUAAAAUUAAUGGAGGCACAAUGGACUUGUUUAAAAUAUUUUACUUGAUUAUAUACAUAUACCCUUUCCAGAAUUCAUAUAUAAUCGCUAUUGAACUUUCAGAUGGUCAGAACUUGUGUUCAUGUGAAUCUUUGCAUUGUUUUUACCUGCUGACAUCCACAGAUCUUAUAUUUUGAGUUGCUGAUUGUUUUUGUUUGCAUUUUUUAUUGUGCAUGCAGAGUGUGCAUUGAUGCCUGUGACCUUAGGUGAAUUAAUGGCUAGGUUUAUUUGGGCAGUAUUAGAAAAGCUAUCAUGAAAGCAGAGAUGCUCUUUAAGAAUUUCUGUAGAGUUAAAACAAAUGGUUAUUAAAGAUUUGUUAGUGAUGUGGAGUUUCUACACGAAGUUAUUGAAAAAGGAGGUUUGUUUUCUCUUAAGACAAUGGGCAACUGUCUCCAGCCUAAUGUAUAUUUUUUAAUGUUAAUCCUGACAGUUCACCAAAUAGCUAGUCAUGGAGAAUGCAGGCAGUUAACAUCCCUCUGGGAAUGGUUCCUACAUUGUAUAUUGUUUGGUUUCUUUUACUUACCUGCUUGAAUACUUGAAUAAAGACUUUUACCAGUUUUAAUCCUUUUAUUUUAAUCCUUUUACCUACAAUAAUCUGAACUUUGACAGUUGCACAAAGAAGCUCUUUGGCAUUACUCUAAUUUUAGUGUAUGAUAGAAAUAGAAACAAAUAUGGUUUUCCUUUACUUUGACAAAAUAAUGUAAUUUUAACCUUAUUUAUCUGUAUGAAAUUCCAGCAGUUAAUUUGAACAUUUGUUUAUAUGAUGUUUGUAUUUUUUAGGUCUUUAAUACAGUGUUUCUACCUCUCAUUUGUAACUGCAUGCAUUACUCUUGAAACUAGGAAAAACUCACUGAAUUGUUGUGUUUGCCUUUUUAUUAUUGCCUGUAUAAAUGUAUAUUAAGGUAAAAUAAAACUGACAGUGUUUCUAGGUAUAGUAGUUGGGUCCAUAUUACAUAGCUUGUCAAACUAGAGACUUCUGGAAGUUUGAUUAUUAAUAUCCUUUUUCCUCGGUCAUCCCCCACAAUUUGAGAUUCUGGGUGACUGUCUUGCAGGCUUCCACAAACUUAGACUUCCAUGAUGAAUCCUCUCCCCCUUGCAUUGGUAUUUUGUAUAAAUUUUAGAGUUUACUACAAUUCCAUUCAUAUUCUCUCAAUUGAUCCUCCACGGGGGCAGGUUUGUUAUGUUUUUUAAAAUAGGAUGAAAUGGAUUCAUAGGACUGGAUGGUUUGAAGUCAAGAACUAGGCAGAUAGUUAAGCUAUACUAUGUAACUUCCAAGUUCUUCCUCCUGUAUAAUAAAGGUCUUGUGGUAGAUGGUAUAUGUGAAAGAGUAAAGUCUCAACAACAGAGAAUGAACUGUAAAUUUGUGAGUACUGGCUCUGAUUCUACUUCCUUUAUCAAGGCUGAUUGUUUUAAGAGAUUUUUGCCUUGGUUACAGCAAUAAUAAAUAAGUGCUUUAUUUUUCCAUGA